UCUUGCUGGCAUACCUGACGAUCUCACGCACAAAGAGUUACUGACAUCGAUAUUAUGGCUUCUCCACACUUCGCCAGGCUAGACAGACAAUACCCACGAGAAGAAGUGGCCCCGAUAACCCUAAUGGCAAGUCUUCUGUUCCUGGCUAAGGGUCAGAUGUGCCCAGCUUGAGGACAAGGACUCUGAAUGGCAACUACCGCAGCAUAUUCUGCUUGCACUCUGCCCAGUGCAACAUUUAUGCUCGAGAGCAAGGACCCAGUAUGUGUCCAGCCAAACAACAGACCAAGGACAUCGACCACAAUUUCGCCCAUGUCUAGCCCCAGACAGAGACUCCAAGUCAAUGCUAGAACUCUUCACGUACUUUGCAAUCUUCCAGCUCAAAUUGGCAGCACCACUGUCAGAGUAUGGGGUCCAGUGGUAUCACUGCCGUUGACGCGGUAUAUGGAUGUUGAGAUCGUCGAAGCACACCAAACGUAUGGGGACUCGGGUACAGCUAGGGGACCUUUGACAGAAGUGAUCAGCAUGCUGCGCGCAAUUUGCAAAGGAUUAUUCGAGCACCACAAGAGUUUGGCAGCCCGUAACAACGAUAUGACCUCAAAUUCCUGGCGCCUGGAUCGAUGUUUGCUUGGCCCCUGGACAGGUAUUUCGAUGCGGAAAAGGGAUUCUCGAAUGUGGUACUCGAAUGCAACGGAUGUAGAGUCUUGGAGAACAAAUUGGCUUAACUGCCCAGCCAGUCUCAGACUGCUGGGCGAAUGCAGUCAACUCCUGACUUACAUAGCUGCCUGAGGGAUAGUUUAGUCCGAGGAUAUCACUGGCCUUGAUGGACCGGCGGGACCGUCUGUCCGGUCACCAGGUGGGCCUGAUAUCAGAAAGCAGCAGCCCCAGUGAAUGCUGCCGUCAGUCCUUCGAUGCCCAUUCCUUGCUACCCUUCCCACAUUUGCUAGUCUUUUGCAGGGAAACACAAGUCUAAUUGCGUGACCACCAAAUUGAGAAGAAACAGCAACACGCGAAGACUUCUUCCCCGGAAACACCUUCUUUUCACCUAUAUCCUCUUCUCAUACAUCGUUUCUCAAGCAUCGUCGAUAGCUCUCUUUCUCCCACAGCUUUUGCUUACGCUUAGAAUCACGUUCUCUGUUCUACUC